AUGAAGUGCAUGGUAAUUUUCGCCCCAUAUAAGGGAAUCCAAGACAAUCUUGGAUUCUGGAUUCCAUACCGUGGAUUCCGGAUUGCAGGUACUGGAAUCCGGAUUCUCUGUCCUUGAGCUGUAUUCCGCAGUCCAGAGUCCAGGAUUCUGGAUUCCUCAAGAAAAUAAUGUCCCGGAUUCCGCAGUCCUCAUCAAGCAAGUGUUUCUCGUUUCCGGAAUCCGUAUUCCCUUACAUCGGGCGAUAACUUUCUCUGAAAUUUCAAAAGUGACCAGAGCUACGUUCACACACUGUGAAAGAGCGGCACUGGUGUGCCGACACAAAAUCGUGUUGUGUGUAUGCACAUGCACACCUUGGGUAUCCGAUAUGCUCAAUUUUUUUCGGUCACCAUUUUGAAACGUAAAGGUAGCAGGGUAACAAUAAACGUGUGCACACAGCUAGGACCUGGGGCCAAUAUGGGUCAAUUGUACCCUUACAUUCGCAUCUUGUGCGAAUGAACUUGAAAAAACGAAUGCGUGUUUACAUUAUUACCCAGCGAGUACCGUUCUCGAGUUAACGUGCCUUAGUGCAAGUGUGAACAUUGCUUAAAUGUAUUUUUACGAUUUCAAAAGUGUGAAGACAACUGUUGGGACCGGCUUUAAGUGCCCUUGCACUCCUUACAGAAAAUCUAGGGGAAUGACAAACAAACGACAGGGACCAACUGUAGUGUCCGCCUUAGAAAGAAGUACCCGUUAAGCCUGGUUCACGUAACUAUGUUGUAUGCCGAACCAGGCUUACAUAGAGUCUAAAAAAACGUCUGAAAAAUGGCAUUGACCAAAUCAAGGUGUCGCUUUGGAGAGGAACCGAAACUAGGUUGGAGGGACCAACUCUACGUGUCCAUGAUGAGGGGUUUGCGCCUUACAGAGUCAUGGGAAAUGACUAACGAACUGCGGGUGAGGUCUGUUUAAGAGAAGUGCCUGGUUAACUUUGUUGAGUGUUCUAUGAGGUAUGAAUUAUAUUUUUGGCCGGUUGUGUACCCCAUUCGAGAGUUUCAUAUUGGCAAUUCCUAACCUAAAAAUUCUUUGCCAGUAUUGUACCAUACUGAUCAUUCUCUAGAUAAUGACAGCAAAGGCUAUGCUUAACUUCACUAUCUGAUUUUCGCGCCCUAACUCGGAAUAAAAAAGCACUCUCCCACUUGGGCUUUAUCUGAGCCUGACUCGCCCUUUUUGGGUCGAAUAACAAGUUCAAAACUUUGCGAGACGUCGUGACCGGCCCACUUAUGUGCAGAAAUGCACGCAAUGGCGGAAAUAGGGAAAAUUUGCCAAAGUCUGGCGAAUAUGUUAUGGCAAAGCAAAGGGUUCCCAUUGAGAGUGGCGAUUUUGACGAAAAUGCUGAAUAUGGCGACGAAGACCGGCCUCUCCUUUCUGUCAACGUGUGCGAUUCUUUUUGCUUUUGAG